AUGGCCUCUCCUCCUCUUCCUCCUCACUUUUUCAAGAUGGUUUUGCAGAAAAGUAUUGAAGACAAACAGUUGAUGAUUCCGAAGAAGUUUGUAAGAGACUAUGGAAAGUUUCUGUCAAGUUCCAUAUGUCUCAAGCUUCCCGAUGGUAUGGAAUGGAAAGUGGGCUUAAAGACCGCCACAAACGGCUCCGUUUGGCUGCGAAAUGGCUGGCAUACAUUUGCGGAGCACUAUUGUUUGGAGCAUGGAUCGAUGUUGGUUCUUAGAUUGGAUGGAAAGUCGACUUUCCACACACUAAUAUUCGAUGCAACUGGAUCGGAGAUCGAAUAUUCUUUCGACUUAAAGGAUUUUGGAGGAGAUUUUCAAGAAGAGAGUGAUGAUGAUUCUGAUGAAAGUUUGGAGAGUUUUCCCCAACAUUCUAAGAAGAGGGAGAAGCCUUCAUUUCCAUCUAGCCAAUCUCCAAAGAAGAUGAGAAAUGAAGGUUCAUUUUCCCCCAAAAUGGAACCCAAAACAGAACCUCAAGAAGAAUGCUAUAUUUUCUGGGAGAAGCCGAGUUGUAAGAAAAUUUCUGAAGAUGGGGUUUCAAGAAGACAGCCGUUAACAUCUCUAACCAAGAAAGCUGAAGAACCUAAAAGAUUCAGCGGUUCAAAAUCAGAGAAACCUGGUUUCAGAAUUGUUAUGGGGAAAUCAACUGUAGGAGGCAGAUUCUUCAUGACCAUUCCUAAAGACUUUGCACAAAAUUAUUUACCCGAAAAGGUUGGAAGAAUCAGAAUUCAGACUUUAGAUGGUGGAAGUUGGUCACUUUUGUACAAAUGGAGUCCAAGCCGAGGAGGUUUUGCUUAUAUUUCAAGAGGGUGGAAGYGCUUUGCAGAGGAAAAUCUCUUGAAAAAAGGAGAUGUUGGAUUCUUUCAAAUGAUUGAAAAAGAUCAAUUUUUAUUCACCAUAGAAGAGACCUCUGCCUCUGCCUCUGCUUCCCUUUCGCCAAAGAAGACUGCUGCAACUACCAGAAAUCCAUUCUUUGAAGUUGAUGUUGCUUCAAUAGCUAUCAAUGUUCGACUCUGCGUACAAAACAUUCCAAUGGGGUUUGCGAAGAAGCAUAUUUCACCAGUAAUCCACAGUGCGAGGCUUGAAGUGGGGAAAAAGCAAUGGAAGGUGAGGAUGAAAAAUUACGAGAAGUGUAUAAGAUUCACUUCUGGGUGGGGCAUAUUUUACUGGGAAAACUGCUUGCAAGAUGGAGAUUCGUGCAUGUUUGAGCUGCUCAACAAGAAUGAUUCUCACUGUGCUUUCAAAGUCACCAUUUUCCAGAAAGCUACUUCCUCUCUCUCAGAAAGUCACUAA